AUGUGUGAAAAGGUCUAAGCGUGAGCUCUCCACACCGUCCAUGGCGUCCUCCCUCCUCCUCCAUCCGCGGGCGACCUCUCACCGGCCCGGGUCCCUCGCGGCGCGCAUUUUUCAAUCGGAACACGUACCCGUCGGCACGAUCGAUCCGGUCAAGCAAUAAUGGCGCCGAGCAAGCUCCGCAAGGCGAUCGGCGCGGUGAAGGACCAGACGAGCAUCGGGCUGGCCAAGGUCGGGAGCGGCGGCGCGGCGGCGUCGGAGCUCGACGUGGCCAUCGUCAAGGCCACCAGGCACAGCGAGAGCUUCCCCGCCGACGAGCGGCACGUCCGGGAGGUCAUCGCGCUCACGCUCCACUCCCGCGCCUACGUCGGGGCCUGCGUCGCGUCGCUGUCGCGCCGCCUGGGGCGCACCCGCAGCUGGGCCGUCGCGCUCAAGACGCUGGUGCUCGUCCACCGCCUCCUCGCCGACGGCGACCCGGGGUUCGAGCAGGAGGUGUUCUACGCCACGCGCCGGGGCACGCGCAUGCUCAACAUGUCCGACUUCUGCGACCGAUCCCGCACCGACGCCUGGGACUUCUCCGCGUUCGUCCGCACCUACGCCGCCUACCUCGACGACCGGCUCGAGUACCGGAUGCAUGCCAAGCACGGCGACGCAGCUCGCCGGGGACGGCCGCUCCACGAGCAGCUGUACGCGUCGCCCGGAAACCGAUUCAGCUACGAAGACUUCUGCGCGAGAGAAGAGGACAAGGCCACCAACGCCGAGACCGACAAGGCGGUGGCGCUCGUGGCGAGGGAGACGCCGACGAGCGAGAUGACGCUAGAGCAGCUCCUCGCCAAGGCCCAGCAGCUGCAGCACCUCCUCGACCGGUUCAUCGCCUGCCGCCCCGUAGGCGCCGCGAAGACGAACCGGGUGGUGUCGGUGUCGCUGUACCCGCUGGUGAAGGAGAGCGUGCAGCUGUACUGCGAGCUGACGGAGGUGAUGGCGGCGCUCGUCGAGCAGUUCUCGGAGAUGGAGACCGACGACUGCGAGCGCGUGCACGCCGUCUUCUGCGGCCUCGCCAAGCAGCUCGACGAGCUCGAGGCUCUCUACACGUGGUGCAAGGAUGCGCACGUGUGCCGCCAGUCCGACGUCCCGGAGGUGGAGCUCAUCACGCAGAAGAAGCUGGAGCUCAUGGACGAGUUCGUCCAGGACAGACGCGCCGCGGCGGCGGCGCCGCAGCAGAGGCUGCCGCCGCCGUCGCCGGAACCGCCCAGCCGAGAGGCGUCCCCUGUUGCAGAGGACGACAUGAAUGCCACCAAGGCCCUUCCGGCGCCGGAGGAGCCGGCUCCGGUGCAAGAGGAGCACAAUGCCGGAGAGACGGUGCCAGAUGUGGCGGAGGCCCCGCUCAUCGCCGCCGACGCGGCCGACGGCGAGGCUGACUUCUUGAACUUGAAGGGCGACGCCAUGUCCUGCGAAGAGCACGGGCACCAGUUGGCCCUCGCUCUGUUCGACGGCAACCCAGCCGGCACGGCGCCGACGCACGACGCGUUCGACGCCUCGUCGACGGACUGGGAGACGGCGCUGGUCCAGUCCGCGAGCGCGCUCGCCAGCCAGCGCGCCGAGCUCGGCGGCGGCCUCAGCAUGACGGUGCUCGACGGGAUGUACAGCCACGCGACCACGGCCGCGAACGCGCAGGCGUUCUCCGGGAGCGCGAGCAGCGUGGCGAUGCGGCCGCCGCCGGGGGCGCCGAUGCUCGCUCUACCCGCACCUCCAGGCACCAGCGGCGCCGCGGCGUCAGGAGUCGUCGACCCCUUCGCGGCGUCGAUGGCGGUGCCGCCGCCGACGUACGUGCAGAUGUCGGACAUGCAGACGAAGCAGCAUCAGCUGGUGGAGGAGAAGAUGGUGUGGCAGCAGUACGGCAAGAACGGCAUGCGAGGGCAGGGUGCCCUCGCCAUGCUCGAGCAGCAGCGGCCACCACAGCUUGAGCAGAUGCUGCUGCCCAAUGGAGGUUACAACUAUGCAGGGUAUCAUCGGACUUCUUAGGUCAAAUCUUUUUUCGUUUUUCUUGCUAAAGAUGUCAAUUAUGUUACACUUUCGAGUAAACAAUUUGAAACAUGUAGCUUAGUUUGCACUGCGAUCUCGAAAGCGGCCGAUGAAUUACUGAGGAAAAAGUGCAGAGCUUAUUUUUUUUUACUUAAACAGAACACCUGCAGGUGUAAUUGACAGACGGAAUGCAUCGUUGUUGCAGGCUCAAACAUGCGCGUCGUUUCGGCACAAACGUGUCAGCUUAGCAAAGGCUCGCUUCUGUUCCAUCGUGGUUAAAAUACAUA